AUGGACGUGGUAUGUCAAGACGUGGACUGUUUGGACGUGGACUGUUUGGACGUGGACUGUUUGAACGAGGACUGUUUGGACGAGGACUGUGUGGAUAUGGUAUGUUUUGACGUGGACUGUGUGGACGUGGACUGUUUGGACGUGGACUGUGUGGACGUGGACUGUUUGGACGUGGACUGUGUGGACGUGGACUGUGUGGACGUGGACUGUUUGGACGUGGACUGUGUUGACGAGGACUGUGUGGACGUGGACUGUGUUGACGUGGACAGUGUGGACGUGGACUGUGUGGACGUGGACUGUUUUGACGUGGACUGUUUGGACAUGGACUGUUUUGACGUGGACUGUUUGGACGUGGGCUGCUUGGACGUGGACUGUGUGGACGUAGACUGUGUGGAGGUGGACUGUGUGGACGUGGACUGUGUGGACGUGGACUGUUUGGACGAGGACUGUGUGGACGUGGACUGUUUGGACGUGGACUGUUUGGACGUAUUAUGUCUCUACGUGUCAGUUUGGACGUGGACUGUUUGGACGUGGACUGUUUGGUCGUGGAAUGUUUGGACGUGGAAUGUCUGGAUGUGUCUGUUUGGACGUGGACUGUUUGGACGUGGACUGUGUGGACGUGGUAUGUUUAGACGUUGA